AUGGAUCCUGCUCUGUAUAAAGCUGUAAUAGAAGGUAACUCAACUUUGCUCUCCCAAGUUUUAAAGGCAGAGCUAGCAGAGGAAGAUGAUCUCCACCACCAACAACAAAGUGAUGAUCAGCACAACGACGAUGAUCUCCUCCGCAUCGCCGACGCCGACUCGAACGGCGAAGUUGUGAGGGACACUCUCCUCUACACCGCCGCUAACUACAACAACGUCCCAGUUGUGAGGGUAAUCCGCGAAAACCAACCAACAAGUAUACUCAGAAGCAAGAACUACAGAGAAGACACAGCACUCCACAUUGCUGCACGCCAUAAUAAUGCCGAGGUCGUCAAGUAUCUAUUGGAUUGGGCCAAGGAAAUAAAGAACAGAGAUGGGAACACAGCCUUGCAUGAAGCUGUUCUUCGACGUCACCGUGAGGUGAUUGAGGUGUUGAUGGAGUCGGACAAAUAUCUCAUCUUCAUGAAAAAUAAUCGCAGAGAAUCACCACUUUAUUUGGCUGCUGACCGUGGGUUGCACGUUGUGCUGGAGAAGAUGUUGAAAGUUGCAUUGGAAGAUGAAAAUUUCAACAAGAAGAAGAAAGAUUUACGUAUCUUUGAUGGCCCUGACGGCAGGACACCUUUGCACGCAGCCAUAGCAAAGAAGCAAACAUGGUUGCAGCCAUCUGGUCCACCUUCUCCAAUUAUUGUGGAAAAUAAGUCAAGAACAGAUACUCAAAAUAUAUGCAAUUACAAAGGGAGGUUCAAUACUCUAGUGCUUGUAGCAAAUCUGAUCUGCAGGGUCACCUUCCCUGCGGGUUUUACAGUCCCUGGAGGUUUAAAUGUUGAUGGCCCAUACAAAGGCAUGGCUACCUUGUUAAGGAAGCCUGCAUUCAAUGUUUUCGUCAUCUGCAAUACCAUGGCUUUGUAUCUGUCUAUCGUGGUUGUGGUGAACAACAUCUGUGCACAGUUGGCUGACAUUCAUGUCUUCAUUCUUGUGGCAAAAUUUAGCUCACCAUUGUUGGGUUUAGCUCUCAUUAUGAUGGCUGUGGCAUUUGCAGCGGGUUUGUACUCGGUCAUAGUUAAACUCCAGUGGCUAGCCACAGUGGUUUUGGUCAUUGGAUCCAUUUUUCUUUUCUAUAUGGUAUAUUUCCUUGCUCUAAUCAAUGUCCCAUAUAAGUUCAAUUACCUUGUUCCACGGUACAUCUCCUGGAGGUUCUAUCUUUUGAUCUGCAAAAUUGAUAGGAUCUUUGACAACAUAGAUUGGUUAUCUGGGGUUAAAGAGGUUUGA